AUGGACUUGAAUGAAUUAGAGUAUACAUACAACGAUGUUGUUGAUGGGGAAAAAUAUGUGUCAGAUAGAAAUGACACAGGGUCAAGUGAUGUCCUAAAUGAUGGUAGUGACAGUGACAAUACAUUGAAUGAAGUGGGUGAUGAUGGUUAUGAUGGUAGAAAUUCAGAUGAUGAAGAUUGGGUUAAUUCUCAAAGUGCAGAUAGUAAUGAUAACAGCACAUCUUCUGAUAAUGAUUUAGUCAAUGAGGUUGAUAAUGAAGAAGCUGUGGAUUUGAGCGUAGAUCAGGAUGAGAGUAUCCCGGUCAUGAGCACCUACAUUAAUGACUUGGAACCCACUAUUGGCAUGGUAUUCCGGACUGAUGAUGAGGCAUAUGAACAUUAUAACAAUUAUGCCAAGGAAUUUGGGUUUUCAGUUAGGAAAUACAGGGUUGAUCGCUCAAAGAUAGAUAAAGAAGUAGUAGCAAAAUACUAUGUGUGUUCAAAUCAAGGUGAGAAAAUAUAUGACAAACGGAGAAAAGUGGAUUACCAGCCUCGUGUGACAAAGAAAACUAAUUGUGGGGCUCUAUUAAAGAUCAAGAGUAAUAAUGGAUUGUGGGUGGUGGAUAAAUUUGUAAAGGAGCACAACCAUAUGUUGGUAGACAGGAAUGAGACUUUCAGACUUAGAUCACAUCAGAAAAAGCAUAGAGGUACAGUUGACCUUAUAGAACGACUCCAUAAGUGUGGGAUACCAGUUUCACUUAUAAUGAGAAUUGUAAAAGAUUUUGCUGGCAGUGAGCAAUUUGUUGGUAUAAGUGAUGCAUUUUGUCUGAAUCUACUAAGGUCAAAGCGAAGGAAAUGCAUAGGGUUAGAUUGUGAAGAAACAAUUAAGUAUUUGGAGAGUAAAAGGGCAUCAGAUGUAGGGUUUUAUUAUGAUAUCCGAAUCAAUGAAGAGCAACAACUUAAUGGGCUUUUUUGGGUGGAUGGUAGAGUACGGGAACAAUACAAGAUUUUUGGUGAUGUUAUGUAUAUGCUUUUGGGUUGUGGCCUAAUAGCUGAUGAGACAAAGGAAUCAUUUGUAUGGCUAUUUAGGACAUGGCUUCAAGCAAUGUAA